AACUGCGCCGCCGCCGCUGGAGAUCGAACUAGGCAGACAUGCCCCCCCAAGUAGAGCCACCGGCGCCGGCGCCGUCGCCGGCAUCGGCGAAGUAUGAUCCAGCGGCCACCGCCACCACCAUCACUUCCAUCACCGACGACCUCCUCCGCGAGAUCCUCGUCCGCCUCCCCUCCCUCCCGAGCCUCGUCCGCGCCGCCCUCGCCUGCCGCACCUUCCUCCGCGCCGUCCGUUUGCCCGCCUUCCGCCGCCGCUUCCGGGCGCUCCACCCGCCACAACUCCUUGGCUACUUCACCGACCCCUGCCGCACCGCCUUCCCUGCCUUCAUCCCCUUCCGAAGCCGCUCCGACCCCGACCUCGCCGCUGCUGUCCGCGGCUCCGAUUUCUUCUUCACCCGCCUAUCGGAGGACGGUGACGACAGUAGGUGGGCGUUCAACGGCUGCUGCUCCGGCUACGUCUUCCUCCACAACGAGAACACCGACCAGAUCGCUGCUUACAACCCCCUCACGCAGGUGCUGCAUAUCUUCCCCUACCCGCCUCAGGAGGCCUGCGACCCCUACUAUCUUGAUUUCCGCAUCAUCUUCUCGGAAGAGGACCGGAGGUUGUUCCGUGUGGUAUGUGUUCGUCGCCGGAGGCGGCGGCGGAGGACGCUGGCCCGCUUCUCUGUCUUCUCAUCGGACAGCAGGGAGUGGCAGUGUUUCUCGUGGGUGGACACCUCGAUGCCGCAGCCUGGGGAUGAUAAGUCCACUGCUAUGCCGCUGAAUGAAUUUGAUAGAUUAGUUUACUGGAAACACUUUAGUCAACCAUAUAUAAUCGUCCUCGACACUGGGACGCUGCAGUUAUCUCGAAUGGAUUUGCCGCCACCCUUGCAAGAUAUGGGCUCCACGGAAUUUAAGCUUGGCCAGACCAAGGAUGGGAGGCUAUCUUUGGUUUUCAUAGAUCACCUUCUUGCAAGCAAAGGAAUGCUCGCUGUUUGGUUUCGGAGAGCCGAUGGUGACGGCGUUGAGAAAUGGAUGCUGCACAAGAUUUUCGCACUGAGUGAAUUUGUUGAUUUCUCUAUGUGUUCAGAAGAGUAUCAUGAUGUCAUUGUGCAUCCUGCGGAGGUCAUAGGUGAUUUUCUGUACCUGUAUCUUUGUUAUGAUGGGUAUACCAAGUGCUGCUGCCUAUCCUUGUGCCUGGAAACAGACAAGGUUAACAAGUUCUUUGAUCAUAGUGUCCAUCCCUACAUCAUGGCGUGGCCACCUUCUUUGGUAUGCAACAAGGAGGAUUUGGAAACCAAAGUUACUUGAGACAAUGUUGCGGAUGAUGACCCUGUGGGCACAGAAGAAACUCACUCUGUUCUUGUCACAGCAUUGCAAUCAUAUAAAGAAGCUCUGAUUAAUGGUGAUGGGGAAAAAGUUGCAGAGAUAGAGGCAUUCUACUUUCUAUCGAGGAUGACAAGAAGUCUCUAGUUUGCAGAAUUGACAACUGUGAGAUAUUGUAUCUCGAGGGUAAGUGCCGGCAUUGUUGGCUACAAGAGAAGGGCAGAAAGAGAGAGGUGAUGACAUGACUACUUCGUUGCCAGUUGAAUCAGCCUAUUUGAAAUGAUCAUGGUGUAUUUCUUUCAAUGAGAUGAGCUUUUUAGGGUAGCAAGGGAGUACUGGAGUCAUAAGCUACGGCUAACGAGUGUAACAGAUGUAUGCCUAUUUGGCAAGAGACAACUUUAUCUUUCUGGAGGUUGCUAUUUUACUGUGCGUCAUUGAGUCA